UACAGGAGAGUUUGUUUUAAAAAAGCGACGGCCCCUGUUUCGCUGUUGUGUACUUACAUGUGUGGCGAACCUGAGGGUGAUGAACAUCUGGCUCUAAGUGGUGCAUGCAGGAGUGUGAGAGGACAAACACGGGAGAGAAGAAACUCCAGACAAACUUUGAUGAGAAGGGAAAUCUGCUGAAGAAUCCCGUUGGCGUUUGGCCAAAGACCGACUGGAGCUGAAGCAUGGACAGCGACGUGGGAGCGAUGAACACCAGCCUUGACCUGAGUCCUCUGAGCCCGAGGCAGCUGACCGGGUUGGGGAUGACCUGUCUCCUCAGCCCAAAGUACAGACACAACGGGCCGGGCCUGACCAGUCCUCAGGAGUACAACCAGUGGCUGCCUUACCGUCAUGACGCCAGCCUCCUGCCCAUGAAAGAAGACCUGGCCUUCUGGCUCAACACCAUGAUGGGAGUGGACCUGACAGCAGACAGUCUGAUGGACAGGUUGGAUAACGGCGUUCUCCUCUGUCGGCUGGCACAGCAGCUCCAGGAGAAGAUGAUCCACGCCAACGAUGGCAAGCCCUUUGUAAGAAGAGUGAUCCACUGGCGAGCUGAUGCAACUUCUGGAUCAUUUUUCGCCCGAGACAACACGGCCAACUUCCUUUACUGGUGUCGAAAGAUUGGUGUUGAUGAGGCUUACCUUUUUGAGUCAGAGGAUUUAGUCCUCCACAAACAACCUCGGGAGGUGUGCCUCUGCCUGAUGGAGCUGGGACGGAUUGCAGCCAGGUUUGGAGUGGAGCCUCCAGGGCUGGUGAAGUUGGAGAGGGAGAUAGAGAGGGAGGAGGCGGGUUGCUUAUCUCCAUCAUCCCCUCUGCCCCUCUCCUUUUUUCCUCCUACAUCUUUGUAUUCACCAACACAAUCAUCCCUGCCCCCAGCCCCUUCUCCUCCUCCUCCUCCACCUGCGCCCCUCACUCCGAGCACAACCUGUCUGUCUGAACCCCUCGCUGCCUCCCUCGCCUCUGAUCUUCCAUCAGCCACAACAAACCCAGUGCCUACAUGUUUAUCCCCUCCUCAGUCCUCCAUCUCAGCCUCUAACCCGUGUACAACCACUGCCUCAACACAAACACCUUUGUUCUCUUCAUCUGGCACCACUAACGCAUCUGCUUCGACUCCACUGUCAGCACCCUCACCAGGCCAAACCCCGGUAUCCGCUGCCAAAGUCUCCUCUACUAAAGUAAACAACCACACUCCAAAAGCUCCACCUCUCAUCACCUCCCCACCUGCAGCCCCGACUCCUCGACCCUCUAGUAAAUCCACAAGCCGGAGGAGCUCAGGCAACAACAGCAUUUUGGAUGAUAUUGUGAGAAACAUUACUGAAAAUCCCCCCUGCAGCUGUCCCACCAGGUUUGUUGUUGAGAAACAACCUAAAGGCUGCUACCGUGUUGGGGAUAAAGUUCUGUAUAUACGGAUGCUGAAUGAGCGUCAUGUGAUGGUGCGUGUGGGCGGAGGCUGGGAGACCUUUAUAAGUUACCUGCAGAAAUACGACCCCUGCAGAGGAGGACCGGCCGGCAGAUCUGAGGUCAGGGUCUUUACCUACAAAGCGAAGCCACCCAGUCUGAACAUCUCGCCUGACAGCUACAUGGUGGUCGGCGCCCAUUACCGUGGCAAGAAGUAGACUCUCAAACUGCUCCAGCUUUUGCCUCUGGCUCCAGGCAGCAGUGAACACUCGCUUAAUCAGACCAAACUGUACAAGGUCAAUGAUUUAACAUACAGUUCAAAUCGCUUUUGCCUCAAGUUUAAAAAGAAAUCCAACUUUUUCUGUCUAACAGUUGUAGAUAUGAUUGCUCCUAACCUGAUUGUUAUCUGUAUGAAUCCUCCAGCCUGCUGAAGAUACAUGACAAGCUUCUUCAGUGUGCAGCUUUUCUUUGUCAUAUUUGAUCACAGACUGAAUAUCUUUUUCUAAAACAAACAAUCUGAACUCAUCAUCUUUUACAGACGUUACAACAGGAGCUUUUCUGACAUUUUAUAGACUUAAUGAUGCAUCAUUUGAUAGAUACUUAUCAGAUUAAUCAGUAAUGAAAAUGAUCUUUAUUUGCAGAGGUAGUUGUCAUAUAACAUAUAUCAUAACUUUUAUAAAAACUUCAUCUUCACUUAUUCUUUCAAGGAUGGUUUUGUGUAGUACUGUAUGCAGUGAUAUCAGGGGAUUUUGUACUGUGACUUGUGUUAAUGUAGACAGCUGCAUGUCUAUGUAUCAUGGUGCUGUAGUUUUGUAGUUUGGAUUUUGGAUGCCUUGGCUCCAGCAGCAGUUUGAGUCGUAGUCUUAAAGAUUGAUGCAUAGCGACUUUUUAUUUUUCUGUGUUUUACUGGAUAAAAUGUUUUGGUUUCGGUUUAAAAUAAACUUAAUUAUUUAGAAAAUUA